CUGUAAAGAUGGCGCAUUGGUGGGCAAUUUUAAGCAUUUUAAUGCUCUCGAGUGCUAUAGCACAACAAGACAAAUUGGAAGGUGUUGAUGUUGAAGAAGUAUGUGCGGAUCGUCCUGCCGAUGAGUAUUUCCGUUUAGACACCGAGGGCGAUUGCCGAGAAGUGUACAGAUGUGACAGUGCCGGUGAAAAUGGUAGCAAUCGUUUGGCACCGAUCCGUUGUGCCGGCGGCUUGGCUUUCGAUGUAUUGCGUCAAUUAUGCGAUUGGAAAUCGAAUGUCAAGAAUUGCGAUAUCAAUGAAAAACCACGCAAAGUCAAACCCAUUCUGAAAACAGAUGAACCCAUCUGUUCUGAGGGUAAAUUGUCAUGCGGAGAUGGUGAGUGCCUGGAUAAGGAACUCUUCUGCAAUGGCAAAGCCGAUUGCAAGGAUGAGUCUGAUGAGAAUGCUUGCUCUGUCGAUGAGGAUCCCAAUCGUGCUCCCGAAUGUGAUCCCACACAAUGUGCUCUGCCCGAUUGCUUCUGCUCGGCAGAUGGUACUCGCAUUCCCGGCGGCAUUGAACCCCAACAGGUGCCACAAAUGAUCACCAUCACGUUCAAUGGUGCUGUUAAUGUUGAUAAUAUUGAUUUGUAUGAGGAUAUCUUCAAUGGACAACGUCAGAAUCCAAAUGGUUGCUCCAUCAAGGGUACAUUCUUUGUUUCGCACAAGUAUACCAACUAUUCGGCUGUCCAGGAUUUGCAUCGUCGUGGCCAUGAGAUCUCUGUAUUCUCAUUGACCCACAAGGAUGAUCCCAACUAUUGGACUGGCGGCUCCUAUGACGAUUGGCUGGCCGAGAUGGCUGGCUCUCGUUUGAUUGUCGAGCGUUUUGCAAAUAUUACAGAUGGCUCCAUUAUCGGUAUGCGUGCUCCUUACUUGCGUGUGGGUGGCAACAAGCAAUUCGAAAUGAUGGCCGAUCAGUUCUUUGUGUAUGAUGCUUCGAUCACAGCAUCGUUGGGUCGUGUGCCCAUCUGGCCAUAUACUCUGUACUUCCGUAUGCCCCAUAAGUGCAAUGGUAAUGCCCACAACUGCCCAUCACGUAGUCAUCCCGUGUGGGAGAUGGUCAUGAAUGAGCUGGAUCGUCGUGAUGAUCCCACAUUUGAUGAAUCUCUGCCUGGUUGCCAUAUGGUGGACUCUUGCUCUAACGUUGCUUCUGGUGAGCAAUUCGCACGUCUAUUGCGUCACAAUUUCAAUCGCCACUACAAUAGCAACCGUGCUCCAUUGGGUCUGCAUUUCCAUGCCUCGUGGUUGAAAUCGAAGAAGGAGUAUCGCGAUGAGCUCAUCAAAUUCAUUGAAGAAAUGCUGGGACGCAAUGAUGUGUUCUUUGUCACCAAUUUGCAGGUCAUCCAGUGGAUGCAAAAUCCAACUGAGUUGAAUUCUCUGCGUGAUUUCCAAGAGUGGAAGGAGAAGUGCGAUGUUAAGGGUCAACCCUAUUGCUCGCUGCCAAAUGCCUGCCCAUUGACCACCCGGGAGCUGCCCGGAGAGACUCUGCGUCUCUUCACCUGCAUGGAGUGCCCAAAUAACUAUCCCUGGAUCCUUGAUCCCACUGGUGAUGGCUUCUCCGUCUAAACAUAAAACACACAAAUUCUUCUCCUACUUAAAAAUAAAAACCAACAAAAUUUUUCUUUAAAAACAAAAAACACACUCACACACACAUACACACAAAAACACACGCACACAAGAGAACAACUCUUAAGUAGUUCCACCGAGAGUCUGAUAAACUAACAAAACAAAAACAAAAAGAACAAAAAAACCAACACACAAAACGGAAAUUUCUACAACAAAAUACUCAAUUUUAAAUUUCUUCAAACAAUUUUUUUUUUUUCGUGUUUCUUCUAUUAAUUUAUGUCAUCUUUUCUCUCUACUCUGUUAACCACAUUUUAUCUAUGAUCUGAAACCGUUUCCUUUUUUCUUUCUGUUCCGUUUUCUAUCUUCUCUCUAAUCUCUACCAUUUCCAUUGUUGAAAGUGAUUUGUUUUCUCCCCCUAUUUUUUUUUUUUAUUUACUUCUUGCUGCAAAUAUUUUCACAAAACAAGCGCCAAAAAAAAACAACAAACAUUUUGUAAGCCAACAAAAAAGAAAACCAACCAGCAGCAGCUCAAAAUAUCUUUGUAAUUAUAUAAGUAUUUUUUAUAAGAAAAAUAUAAAAAAUAUAUAUAAAAAAAAA